AUGGCUGAUUGGCCCAACGAAGGCUCGGAUGAUGACCUGCUAACCUGGUCACCAUUGCACAAUGAUUGGCUACCGGCGAGCGGCAGUAAUGAGUCUUUUCCAAACGAGCCUGAUGAUGAUGGCAGCAUCCAGCCUGAUCACAACAUCACGAUGCUUCCAGAGCAUCACAGCAACUUGGACAGCUUGAACUACGACAAUGGUAGCCACUUAGUAUGGCCAAUACAAAAUCUACCUCAGGCUGACACGCCCAAUCAUUAUCUGCCCCCGUGUCACGAGGCUCCCAUUCAUUUGUUCGAGCAGGGCGUCAGUCAGUCUGAUGACCAGUUCCAAAUGCUUCCUGACCCUGACCCUGACCUCGACGCCACUGACGCCAAGAUCCACCGCGGGGCUAGACAUGCGGGGCGCGAUCAUUCGGAGUAUGUCCGAAAUGCCACAGUUCAUCCUUCCGUACCCAUGACACCCCAUUCACCAUCGCCGUCCAUGCCAGCGGGCACACAAUUACAACCGCAGUUGAUCCAAGAAGUGAAGGCGGAUGCUGAGGUACACAUGGUGAGGCUCAUCUUUGAAACUACGUUUUUCCCUGUCGACGCCGUUUUGACUCGGAUGGCGAACGAUGCGCUUUCCGCUGCGGUCGCUAGGCACAACAAUGCGGAGCUUAACCUGUGGAAAGAACGUAUAGAAGGUUUUGAAGAGAUUCAGAGACUGAAGGGCACUGUGACCACCAUCCUAAAAGAUUUCGAGACGGUGGCGCGAUUCUCAGUCCUAUUGGCGUAUGAUCUCUCUCUCGUGAUUUCCGAGCGCGGGGACGCGCUGAUAGCACACCGCAUCAAUACUAUAUGA